AUGAACAAGUGGAAUUUAUUAGAUCAGAAAAUCGCUAGAAAAACUUACAAAUGUAUCCUAUCCAAGCAACAAUUAAACUAUUUAUAUAAAAAAUAUAUUAAAGAAAACCCUCAGGUGCCUAAUUCUGUUUACAAUUUGGAGAAGUAUUUAAUCACUAAACAAGUUCGAACAACAAGUGGCGUUUGUGUAAUAACUGUCUUGACAUCUCCGGGAGCAUUUAGCUGUCCAAUGGAUUGUUACUAUUGUCCUAACGAACCUGGCCAACCUCGUUCAUAUCUGAGCACUGAGCCGGCAGUACUUAGAGGAAAUCAAUGUAAAUGGGAUCCAGUUAUUCAAUUUUGGGAUCGUGCUCAUACAUUGUUAAAAAAUGGCCAUACAAUCGACAAGAUAGAACUUUUAGUUUUAGGAGGUACUUGGAGUGGAUAUCCACAAAAUUAUCAAGAAGAAUUUUGUCGUGAUUUAUUUUUCGCAGCAAACACUUUUUACGACUAUUUUUCAGAAAAGUUAUUUUUGUAUAGAAAUCAAAUUGUAGAACCAAAAACAUUAUCUGAAGAGCAAACCAUAAAUGAGAAUUCUCGUUGUAAAAUUAUCGGUCUAACGCUCGAAACAAGGCCUGAUUAUAUUAAUCUUGAAGAAAUUAGAAAUCUCCGUCGGUUUGGUUGCACUAGAGUUCAAAUUGGUAUGCAACACACUAAUGAUACAAUACUAAAGUACAUUAAUAGAGGCCAUGACUUGAUGACUGUUAAAAAAGCAAUAAAUUUACUAAAAACUAAUGGUUUCAAAGUAGAUUUACAUAUUAUGCUUGACUUACCCGGCAGUGAUAUUUCUUUAGAUACAAAAAUGAUGAUCCAAGUUCUUUCUGAUCCACAUUUACAAGUCGAUCAAUGGAAAAUAUAUCCCUGUGAGGUAACACCUUUUUCUAAAAUCAAAGAAUGGUUUGACGAUGGUAUUUAUAUUCCUUACACUAAUACUAAAGAAGGACUUAAAUCUCUUUUUAAUCUAAUUUUAUUAGUUAAACAUGAUAUACAUCCAUGGAUUAGAUUAAAUAGAAUUAUUCGGGAUAUACCUUUAGAAAGCAUCGUUGCUGGUACGAAAAGUACUAAUAUGCGUCAACUAUUAAUGGAAGCGUCUAACAGGCUGGGUUGGUCUUGUUCCUGUAUGCGUUGUCGUGAAAUAAGAACCUAUAAUCUUAAAAAUAGCUCUACCCUUGUAAUUAGGUCUUAUGCACAAACUGAGGAAGGGAUUGAAUAUUUUAUUUCUAUGGAGUCAGAAGACAGACGUUAUUUAUUAGGUUUUUGUCGACUUAGACUCAAUACAAAAUUAGCUAAAUCUAAUAUAGCUUUCGACGCCUUUAAAGAUUAUACUGCUUAUGUACGUGAAUUACACGUUUACGGUACUUUAGUUGCUACGACUGAAAAUAAAGAUACUAAAGAUAAAAGAAUUCAACAUAGCGGUGUUGGUUCAACUUUGAUGAUGGUUGCUGAAAUUAUUGCAAUUUUAAAGGGCGAAAAAAAAUUGGUGGUUAUAGCAGGUGUUGGAACAAGAAAAUAUUAUUCAAAACUUGGCUUCACCUUAGAAAACACAUAUAUGACUAAAAAUAUCGAAUCCGUUGAAUAUAAAAACAAAGUAUUUGCGAGCUUUUAUACCAAUCAAUAUUUUAAUAAAAAAUCUGCAUUGGUAAUUGAACAUAUAAAUACAGACGAAUUUAAAUAUUGUGAAGAUAAAUCUUGGAAUUUUGAAACAAUUGACAAAAUUUUAGGUAUCACCUCAUCACGUUUAAAAGUGUCAAAAAUAAAACCUCAAGAAUUACAAUUAAAUUCAGUAAACCGAACCUCAUGGAUUGAGAACUUAACAAUUCCAAAACCGAACAUAAAACUAAACGCACUUAAGUCGCUAUUUAAUAUAAGUUUCUUUAAAUAA